GAACUGGACGCGGAUACAAGUCUGACCUGUAGUGUAACAGUAGGUAGAUGAACAAAUGAAGAUGCCAGAUGCACAGUCGCAUCGGUUAUGCUUCCUGCUUUUUGUAUUUGGUUUCCGUCUCGGGACAGCGGCAGAGGUUUCCGUAUGGGACGUGGAGAUAAACUCGACACAGGAUGCUGUGUUUCGAAAGACGCUGUACGCCAACACCACCAUCUUCAUGAAGUUCCAGGGUGACGCGGCGUCAUGUGAUAGGAACCUGGCCUUUAACAUCAGCUGGUACCUUCGCUCCUCUGUUUGCUACAAUGAGGUGUUUAACACGCCGGACAACAAAGCGAUGAACAUGUUUGGUAUGGACCACAUGUUGAAGGACGGCUGGAGUGGCUUCUACAGUCAGGGCUACGUGUACUUUGACAACUGCUCCUCCCUCUUCUUACCCAAGGUGUAUUACACAGACUUCAACCCGUAUCAGCCUCUCACAAGCCCAAAGAGUGACCCUUCCAAUCAGAGCCUUAUUUGGCCCGACAAGCCGGACAUCAGCGCAGUGGCCAAAGCUUGGGAGGACAGUCCAUAUCUGUUCAUAGUGAAGGUGCUGCCUUUGUUCCGCGGAGUUGAGGACGAAGACAUCGGACCAGAAAGCAACUUUGCUUUCACAAUGAAAGUUGAGAUGAAGGGUCAACAUGACUACUCUUCUCCAGCAGACUGGCCCCUGAUGAUGUUCUUCAUGGUCAUGUGCAUUGUGUAUGUGUUGUUCGGGGCUCUCUGGCUCUUCUGGUUCGCCUGCUAUUGGAGGGACCUGCUGCGGAUCCAGUUCUGGAUCGGAGCUGUCAUCAUCCUCGGCAUGCUGGAAAAAGCUGUGUUUUACUCUGAAUACCAGAGCAUCCGUUACAAAGGAGACUACAUUCAAGGUGCCGUGAUCUUUGCUGAGCUGCUCUCUGCACUUAAAAGAUCUCUAGCCCGAAUCCUGGUCCUCAUUGUCAGCCUUGGCUAUGGCAUCGUCAAGCCAAGGUUGGGUACCACAGUGCACCGGCUGGUAGCCGUUGGGCUUCUCUACCUGCUCUUCUCCUCCGUGGAAGGUGUGCUAAGAGUGACUGGCGGUUUCUAUGAGACAGUCGCCCUGGUGGCUAAUCUCAGCCUCUCCCUUAUUGACUCCUGCGUCAUGUGGUGGAUAUUCAUCAGCCUGUCUCAAACCACGCGUCUCCUAAAGCUCCGCAGGAAUGUUGUGAAACUCUCCUUGUAUCAGCACUUCACCAACACUCUCAUCUUCUCUGUUGUCGCUUCCAUCAUAUUCAUCAUCUGGACCACCAAGGUCUUCAAGCUGGUCGGCUGCCAGACGGGUUGGAGGGACUUGUGGGUAGACGAUGCGUUCUGGCGGCUCCUGUUCUCCACCAUUCUGCUGGUGAUCAUGGUGCUGCUGCGGCCCUCUGCUAACAACCAGAGGUUCUCUCACUCUCCUCUGAUUGAUGAAGAUGACGAAGAGGAAGAGGCCAAGGAGCCCAUGCUGAAUGAAGCUUUUGAGGGAAUGAAGAUGAGAGGCUCAAAGCCUGACUCUAAUGGCUCCCAGAAACUGUUGAGUAAAGAGGACGAAGACAUAAAAUGGGUUGAGGAGAACAUUCCUACAACUGUUGCUGAUGUAGCUCUCCCUGUAAUGCUGGAUGAGGAAGAGGAAAUCCUGAAAACCAAGAUGGAGCGAUCCAAAAUGGAGUAGAAGUGAAAUGCAAGAGGAUAAUGUGAGAAUGAAAAGGAAGCAAUUUCACUGAGGCAGCAAUGAAUGCGGGCAGAGUGGUCUGAUUACCAAAAAAA